CUCGCGCAGUCGCUGUCAUCACAACAAGGGAAGUAGCUGGUUGCUAAAAUAGCCAACAAACCGAAGUUCUCCCGUUUGUCGACGCUUUUAAAUUCACGUAUACGGACUCGCCAUCAGUGAUUUACCUGCGCUGCUCUUGUUUAGGCUAACAAUGAGUCGAAAUAAGGAUGUUUGAGGGAAGUACACGCCAUUGUUCGCCAACUUGUGAGCUAAUAAGCUAGCGAUCAGCUGUUGUUUUGGUGGCGUAAGUAAAUGGCAGCGUACCGCUGUUAGUCAGCUCCAGCGCUCCUUGUCGUUCAGAUGGAUUAUGGUGACAUGUAAAUGUUCCGUGGAGAUUCAGUUAUAACCAUGAGCAGCUAUUGUUCAACAGGAGUCUGAGUUAAGUGGUUGAUCUCUCGGGGUUGAACAGAAUUUAGACUAAAUAGUUCAGGAUGCAUGACGCCUAUGAAUCAGUUCCGAUUUUGGAAAAGCUUCCUCUUCAGAUUGACUGUCUGGCCGCAUGGGAGGACUGGCUACUUGUUGGAACAAAACCAGGGCACUUGCUGCUCUACCGAAUAAAGAAGGAUCCAGGCACCAACUUGUUUGAGGUCACCCUAGAAAAGUCCAAUAAGAACUUCUCAAAAAAGAUCCAGCAGCUUUAUGUGGUGUCUCAGUACAACAUCCUCGUCAGUCUGCUUGAAAACAACAUCCAUGUGCAUGACCUGCUGACAUUCCAGCAGAUCAGUGUUGUAUCCAAAGCCAAAGGAGCCACUCUCUUUGCAUGUGAGCUGCAGAAAAGCAGCACUGGCGAGGAAACACUGAGGAUGUGUGUGGCGGUCAGGAAAAAGCUCCAGUUGUAUUACUGGAAGGAUCGAGAGUUCUAUGAGCUGCAGGGCGACUUGGGGACGCCCGAUAUUCCGAAGUCGAUGGCUUGGUGUGAAAACUCCAUAUGUGUGGGUUUCAAAAGAGACUAUUACCUCAUUCGGAUGGAUGGCCGAGGCUCGAUCAAAGAGCUGUUUCCCACUGGGAAGCAAUUAGAGCCACUGGUCGUCCCACUGGCUGAUGGGAAAGUCGCUGUUGGUCAGGACGACUUAACUGUGGUGCUUAAUGAAGAAGGUGUUUGCACUCAGAAGUGUGCUCAGAACUGGACGGACAUCCCGAUCGCAAUGGAGCAUCAGCCUCCAUACAUCAUAGCAGUUCUUCCCCGGUACGUGGAGAUCCGAACCAUCGAGCCCCGGCUGCUGGUCCAGAGUGUGGAACUGCAGAGACCACGUUUCAUCACCUCUGCUGGGCCAGAUGUCGUUUAUGUGGCUAGCAACCACUUUGUGUGGCGGCUGGUUCCUGUGUCAAUAGCCACUCAGAUUGAACAGCUUCUACAGGACAAGCAGUUUGAACUGGCUCUGCAGUUGGCGAUGAAGGACGACUCAGACAGUGACAAGAAGCAGCAGAUCCAUCACAUCCAGAAUCUCUAUGCCUUCAAUUUGUUUUGCCAGAAAAGAUUUGAUGAAUCCAUGCAAGUUUUCGCGAAGCUGGGUACCGAUCCCACCCAUGUCAUCGGGUUGUACCCGGACCUUCUUCCUUCAGACUACCGCAAACAGCUGCACUACCCGAACCCGCUGCCCACACUGUCUGGUGCGGAGCUGGAGAGGGCUCAUCUGGCUCUCAUUGAUUAUCUUACCCAGAAGCGAAGUCACCUUGUAAAACAACUCAAUGACUCGGACCCCUCUACAACAUCUCCCCUCAUGGAGGGAACGCCCACCAUCAAGAGUCGGAAGAAACUCCUUCAAAUCAUUGAUACCACGCUGCUGAAAUGCUACCUGCAUACAAAUGUGGCGCUGGUGUCCCCUCUUCUUCGCCUGGAAAACAACCACUGCCACAUCGAAGAGAGCGAAUAUGUCCUGAAGAAGGCGCACAAGUACAGUGAGCUCAUCAUCCUCUACGAGAAAAAGGGUUUGCACCAGAAAGCUCUGCAGGUUCUACUGGACCAGUCGACCAAGGCCAACUCUCCCUUGAAAGGCCACGAGCGUACUGUGCAGUACCUGCAAAGACUGGGUGUGGAGAACCUUGGCAUAAUCUUUGAGUUUUCUCCAUGGGUGUUGAAGAUCUGUCCAGAGGAUGGGCUGAAGAUUUUCACCGAGGACCUGACAGAGGUGGAGACUUUACCCCGAGACAAGGUCCUGAACUUCCUGAAAGAAGGCUUUAAGGAGCUGGCCAUCCCAUAUCUGGAGCACAUCAUCAACGUGUGGGACGAAAAAGGCCCUGAGUUUCACAACGUGCUGAUCCAGCUCUACCUGGAGAGAGUUCAGGGACUCAUGAAACAGUACCUGAACUCACUGCCAGAAGGGGUCUCCGCGGUGGCUGCAGGGCAGGAGAAAGGAGAACUCGGGGAGUUCAGGAUGAAGCUGCUCUCCUUCCUCGAUAUGUCGACCUACUAUGAACCCGCCAGACUCAUCAGUGACUUCCCCUUUGACGGUCUCCUGGAGGAGCGGGCGUUGCUCCUGGGGCGGAUGGGGAAACACGAGCAGGCGCUCUUCAUCUACGUGCACAUCCUCAAUGACACGCACAUGGCUGAAGAAUAUUGCCAUCGGCAUUACAAUAUUUCAGUCGAUGGAAAUAAAGAUGUGUAUCUCUCGCUGUUGCGGAUGUACCUGUCGCCCCCCGACGUCCACUGCUUGGGUCCCAUCAAGAUGGAGCUGACAGAACCUCAGGCCAACCUCCAAGCUGCCCUGCAAGUCCUGGAGCUCCACCACAGCAAACUCAACACCACCAAGGCCAUUAAUCUGCUCCCAGCCAACACUCAGAUCCGAGAGAUCCGGGUGUUCCUGGAGAGCGUCCUGGAGGAGAAAGCACAGAGAAAACGCUGCAACCAGGUGCUGAAGAGCUUGCUGCAGGCCGAGUUCCUCCGGGUGCAGGAGGAGCGGAUCUUCCACCAGCAGGUCAAGUGUGUCAUCACUGAAGAAAAGACCUGCAGGGUUUGCAAGAAGAAGAUAGGAACCAGUGCGUUUGCCAGGUAUCCAAACGGUGUGGUGGUUCACUACUUCUGCUGCAAAGACCGCCGCGUGUGUCCGACCGAGCAGUAAACCCGUACCAAGCUUUAGAAGUACGAAGCUAAACUGUAUUUAAACGGACCAUCGCAUCCAAGGCUUCAUGCAGAACGUUUUCGGCUCAGUGGAGUUCUGAACUGGAUGUUGCACUGAAAAAAACAUGCGACUGGCUCAAGCCAAGAUGGGAGUGAAGCGUGAGAGGAUGUGCUUGAAUCAGCCUGUCAACACCGCGUGGGUGAGACGGUUUUCACUCUCGUGAGUUAAUCUCAGAGGCCUUAAUCUGCUGCAGCAGAUCACUCACCUCCACCAAGCCUUUUUCAUUUGACAAAGCUUUCUUCACUGAUUCUCCCUCUCACACCUCACCACGAACAGAUGGAGAUCUUCUGAUCAUUGGUGUCAGUUAUAAAGCUGGGAAAGUCAAAAUCCACCUCUGGAUACAUCACACAUCUCCACAUUACUACAGCAACUGGCCACAUUCACCAAAACCCAGUGGAGAUCAGGGCUUGAACACAAGUUGAUUUCAGGCUCUACCUUCAUGUUCAGAUGGACGUUGCAUUUACUCACUCUACCAAAAUGAAGGGUAUAUAUUUAUUUUAAUCUCUCAAAUCAGCUUCAAGUCAUGUUUGUGUUCUAAUUACUCAUGAGGUCUUUCAUAAUUUAUAGUAAUUUGACUUCCCAAUAAAGCUCUCAUCUCCUUCACUUAUUUUAAAAACAGUAGUCAAGCACUUUAAAAUUGGCUGUUAAUUUAUUGAAAAGCAUCCACUUGAGUGUGACAGAGGAGGGAGAAUGUUGUAAAAAGUCUGUGUUCUGUCUGUGAGAACGGAAAUGAAGAGUUUAAGUGUUUGCAUGAACCUAAGUGUUGCACUCUUCCUCUGCUAAGACUGUUUCAGUGGGAAUAUUGUACCACUUCAUUUGUACUGAGAGGGACUUUUGAUCAAGAGGUGACUUUGCAAAACGUGUCUGGCUUCAGUAAUAAAUUAAUA